AUGAGAAGAAGCAGAUGGUUGCAAAUGUGGAGAAACAGCUAGAAGAAGCAAGAGAGCUGCUUGAACAGAUGGAACUCGAAGUUCGAGAAAUCCCCGCCCAAAGCCGAGGAAUGUAUAGCAGUAGAAUGAGGAGCUACAAACAAGAAAUGGGAAAACUUGAAGCGGAUUUUAAAAGGUCACGGAUUGCCUACAGUGACGAGGUGCGGAAUGAGCUCCUAGGGGAUGAUGGGAAUUCCUCAGAGAACCAGUUGAUAAAAUUACGUGAAGAGAGGGCACAUCUGCUCGAUAACACAGAGAGGCUGGAAAGGUCAUCUCGGAGACUAGAGGCUGGAUACCAAAUAGCAGUGGAAACCGAGCAGAUUGGACAGGAAAUGUUGGAAAACCUGAGCCAAGACAGAGAGAAGAUCCAGCGUUCUCGGGAAAGGCUUAGAGAAACAGAUGCAAACUUGGGGAAGAGCUCCAGGAUCCUAACCGGAAUGUUGCGAAGGAUCAUCCAAAACCGGAUUUUGAUAGUUAUCUUGGCAAUCAUCGUCUUCUUCACCAUCCUGAUGGCUAUUUAUUUUUCUGUCAAGAGACACUGAUAUCUUGGUUCUUCACUAAACAGCAACACUGCUUGUUCUGAGUAAUUAAGACAAAGUGGUCACAUGAAUCACUCUCUCGCACUGACAGAAUCUCCCUGUCUUUGCCGCUGUUCAACUCAGGUGCAAGUAGCGUAAAAAUACCUUGUAUUAUUGAUUGCAUGUGGAUUUCAUUUUUUCCUUGUUUUUUCCCCUUAAAAUGAAUGUUUUUGGAAUCUUCAUAUAUGGGUUUUUAUAUAAAAAACAUAACUAAGAAGAAUUAAUGUGUGUCAGAUUCCACACUGGAUUAUUCAUUUGUAAGUUACAAGAGUUUGGUGGGGUGGGGGUGAAGUGUCUCCACACUUUUCUUCUGUUGUGUUGGGUGUAUAAAUAUCUAGCAGUAUCUGAUCUUCUGUGACAUCAAAGAAUAUGAGUAAAGCAGAGACCAAAUGAUAUAGAAAGUGAACCUGUCCCAUGUGAGCCACUCCUGUUCAGAAAUGUCCAUAAUAAAUGUUAAGUAGUUAAUUUUAAAAAAGACAUCACCUCAUGUCAGAAGGUGUUUAAUACCUGAUGUGAACCUACUACUUUAUUUGACACAAUUUUGCCUGUAAACUUUCUUAACUAUUAGAAACAUUUCCAUUUGCACCAAGUCCCAACUAUGAUAUGUGCAUUACUUGCCCAACGUUUAAUAGUGACCAUGGAACAUAGUAUUGAAUCAGCUUUGCAUCAUUCCAAUGCUAAGAUAUAGUCUGGUAAAAAAACAACCAGUGGUCUAUUUUAAAGAUGUGCAAAAAUACUUAUCUGUUAUUUUCCAGCUGCAAAGAGAACGUAGAUCAAUAUUUCAGUAACAAAUACAAUAGGAUUACAUGAAAUGCAAACAGAAUUAAGGAUUUUAAGUAUGGGUAUGAAAAUGAGUUCAUGUGCAGAAAAUGUUUUUAAUGAAUUAAAUUCAAACUUAUCACUGACUUUUUAAAUGGAAAGUUUGAAAAUGUUAAUUUAUACUAACAAAUGUUCGCUGAUAUAUUGUAUAAAAGCUUGAUCUAAUAGGAGAUUAGUGUGUAAAUGGGAUGUGUUUUUCUCUCCUGUUGGCUAUGUAUCCUCUGCAGAGGCAUCUAGUUCAUUUUGUUUAUAAACAUGAUAAUAGCGCUAGCAAAGGUAGUUUCCUGGUAAUGCAGUAAAAGAUUUUGCAUAAUCACAUUUUAAUUCAUUAUAUGUAAUCCAUUACAAAUCUUAUGAAUCUAGAGAGUUUGUGAGCCCUUGAACCUAAGCCAUAAAAUAUUUUAGGAGGAGAUUUUCAAAGGAACAAAGGGCAGUUAGGUACACAACCCGUUUGGAAGUUAAUGGGAGUAGAGUCCUAACUUCCUUUUGUGCCUUUGGAAACUCAAAGAUUCUGCCUUUGGACAUAUCUGUGAAGACGCCAUGGAUUCCCAUGUUAUCCCUGCUCAAACAGCUGAGAGCAGAAUUUGGCCCUAAACAUGUUGACUGUCUUUUCUACAUAGAAACAAAUAACUUGGUUAAAACGCCUUUGAUUUUACCAACAUAAAUAAAUCAAAGCACAGUAAUGAAAUAAACGAUGGAAAGACUCACCAGAGAAAUAGUACUUAUUGAACAGAUUAGGGCAUGCAUGUAUUCAGAUAAAUCAUUUAGUGCUGUGUGAGUAGAACUUCAGCCUUUAUCUUCCAGUAAGGGUGUGGGACUAAGUUCAUGUGACGUGGGACAUAGAGAGCGAAGGGGAAAACUUGCCAGCGUUAAUGGGUAUUUAUUCACGGAAGUGGGAGGGGCAUAUUUCCAUAAAUCUUUUAUCUGAAUAACAAACUACUGUAAAUCUAAAACAAACAAGAAGAAAAUAUUAAACUCCUUCCACUUACUGGACAUUCCUGGUAUUGUUUCAGUGAUCAUUGUGGGGGGAAUCUAUUCAAAGCUACUUAAAUGAGACCUGUGAC